AUGUGCGGUAACACUGUCUACUGCAUUUGUGUUUAAUUCGUUUUAAAAAUAUAAAUAAAAAAAUGGAACCAAUAUCGCAAUUAGUAAAAUCUACUUUACCUAACUAUUUGUCCAAUUUGCCGAUUCCCGACACCUUUGGCGGCUGGUUUAAGUUAUCAUUCAAGGAUUGGCUGGCGCUUGUGCCACCCACCGCUGUUGUUGCCGGCAUCGGCUACGCCGGUUAUCUGGCCUUCUGUCCAGCUGCACAGCGCAGAUGCAGCCCGAAGAGCGGACGAUGCAAUGAGACGAUUCGCAAGCAUGAGGCUAAAGUGGUGGAUAUGAUUGAUGUGGAGGAUAUUGCGGAGAAGGCGGCAUUCUGUCGCUGCUGGAAGACCAAGAACUGGCCCUAUUGUGAUGGCAGCCAUGGCGAGCACAAUAAACAAACCGGCGACAACGUUGGUCCCGUUGUGGUCAAGAAGAAGUAAUCAUCAGGAGGCAUCUUGGACGUUCUUUCCAUUGAUGAUUUUGCCGUUUUCUGUAGCAUUUCCUUGUUGAAAUUUUCGUAGAGCUUUUCUACAUUUUGCCACUUUAUUAAAAACGCAACCAGUUCUGUUUGCAAAAUUGUGUAAAAUUCUUCAGAUUAGUCAACCGACGAUAUUCGUAAUAUAAGCAAAACAAAUUGAGCCGAUAAAAAAUGAAGCCAAUAAAAACAUAGUGUCUGUAUUGAAUUCACAGAAUGAAAAACAAACAAGUUUAUCGACUUAUUUUACUUGAGUAGAAAACGCAUAUUUAUUUUAUUCAUUGUGUGGCAUAAAUUAUUAAUCCUGGCUGAUGACAAUCAAUAAUUUCCAUGUUGAAACGCAAAGUGACAAAAACAAUUCUCGUUUGAAAUACAAAAAUGCAGAAGGCAAAUUGUGGUGUUUGCUGAGCAAAACCAGGACAUAUAUAUUUGUAUUCUUAAGCGCACGAUGUCCCCGAUGUCUCCUCGUUCUCCUUAUCAUCUCUCCAUCUCCAUGUUCUCUCUGUCUCUCUCGUUAUUACUAAUCAGUUGGAACUUAGCUAUAAGGGGCGCAUCGUGAUUGCUUUAUUUUUAAUAUUUGCUGCAUAUUGUGAAUCUCAAAAAAUUGUGUUGUGUGUGUUGCAU